AGAGUUCAUGAGCUACAGUUCAUCUAAAUACAGAAGCUAUGGACUCAAGAACGGAGUACGUUUUGUUAUGGAUGUUGCUGUUCUCCACCUCCACGGCGAUCAAACUGGAUGAAAAUGGUUAUGUUGACAUAAUAAUCGCAAUCGGUUCAAGAGUACCACAGGAUGACACGCUCAUUGAAAAAUCAAAGGAAAUGGUCACCGAAGGGUCGUAUUAUCUUUACGAUGCAUUGGAUGAAAAGGUCUAUUUCAGAGAUGUUACAAUCCUAGUCCCACCUCAGUGGAAUAGUAAGGAUUUCAUCAAAGCAAGAACAGAGUCCUUUGAAAAGGCCCAAAUAAAAAUUGAUUACGCUAGCUCAGCAAACGACGUCGAACCCUACACAAAACAGUAUGGAGAAUGCGGAGCUGAGGGAGAGUACAUUCAUUUUACCCCACAAUACCUCCUGAAUGACUUUUUUAUCGAGCUUUAUGGAUCAAGAGGAAGGGUCUUUGUGCAUGAAUGGGCUCAUCUGAGAUGGGGCGUUUAUGACGAAUACAGUGUAGAGAAUACUUUCUAUUACUCUAAUGGCCGUAUUGAACCUACAAGGUGUAGCAAAAACCUUGAGGGUCAGUUUUAUGAAGUUACUGCAGGAGGAUCUCUUCAACAGUGCCGCACCGAUCAAGAAACUUCACUACCUACCCAGGGUUGUUUGUUUUUUCCAGACAGAAAUCAAAUCGCAAAUAGCUCCAUUAUGUUCUUACCGAGCCUAGAUCCUGUGACUGCAUUUUGUCAUGAAAGCGAGCACAAUUAUGACGCUCCAAACAUGCAAAACCAAAUAUGUGGCAAAGCAACAUGGACUGUAAUAUUUGAGGAUUCUGUGGAUAAAGAGGCACUUCGUUCUCUGAAACCACCAGAGACCCCUCCACCACCACCAUCUUUUAAAAUUGUGCAGCGAAAGCAACGGGUCGUUUGCCUCAUCCUUGAUGUCUCAGGAAGCAUGAGAGGCUCAAGAAUUCUUCUACAGGAACAGGCUGCCACACAUUUCCUACGGAACUACAUUGAGGAUCAAGCCAGUGUUGGGAUUGUAACUUUUAGUACUAGGGCUUCGGUUCUGAGCCACUUGACUACUAUUGACAGUGACACCACAAGAGAGAACCUUAUCAAACGUUUGCCAAAAGUAGCAGAUGGAGCAACAAAUAUGUGCUUGGGCCUCGCUCUAGGCUUAGAGGUACUUCAAGAGGACAAUUUUGAUGUAUUAGGAGAUGAAAUCAUAUUUCUGACAGAUGGCCAGGCAACGGAUAAAUUUGAAGAUUGUGCUCCAACUGGAAUACAAAGUGGUGCCAUUAUAAGCACAUUAGCAUUCAGUAAAAGUGCAUCUGAAGCGCUGACACAGAUGGCAGAACUUACUGGAGGAAGAUUUAUCAUAGCCAAUGAUGAUUUGACCUCGAACCAGUUAAUGGACGCAUUUGCUUCGCUUACAUUAUCAACUGGAGAUUACACAAAAGAACCAGUCCAGCUAGAGAGUAUUGGAGCACGAACAUCUGAUUGGUUCAAUGGGACAGUUUCGGUGGAUCAGACUGUUGGGAACAAAACCAGCUUUGUGAUAAUCUAUGAAAGAAGUUUUCCCAGCGUUUACAUACAGUCUCCAAGUGGCUUAAUCUACACUCAGACAAAUAUGAAUCAUGAUGGAUCUCUGAAAACGGUCACUUUAAAUGUUCCAGGAACUGCAGAGCCUGGAGACUGGGAGUACAGUAUCCAAACUACAACACUUCAAGCUUUGACUAUAACAGUAACAAGUCAAGCUUCUCAAGCUGAUGUUCCUCCUAUCAUUGUCAAAACCCACAUGAACCAGCAGUUCAGUGACGGCACUAAACCCAUGCUAGUGUUUGCUGAGGUUAGUCAGAAUUACAGGCCUGUAAUAAAUGCUGAUGUUUGGGCUACACUUGAGUCAGAAACCGGGUCCACGCAUACAUUACAACUCCUGGACAACGGAGCAGGAGCUGAUGCUAUCAAAGAUGAUGGAAUAUAUUCCAGAUAUUUCACAAAGAUUGAAAACGGUAGAAGCAGUUUGAAAGUAAGAGUGAAGAAUCAAGAUGGACAAGCCAGAUUUGCUGCCCCAAAAAAGAGCGGUGCCCCUUACGUACCUGGAUAUGUGGAAAAUGGAGUAGUGCAGCUGAACCCUCCAAAGCCUCCAGUUUCUGAAGAACCACUGGAAGUUGGAAGCUUCACCAGAACAGCCACCGGAGAGAGUUUCGUGGUGACUCUUUCAGGUACAACUCCACCAAAUUUCCCUCCGAACAGAAUCACAGAUCUGAGCGCUGAGAUCCAGGAGGACACUGUGCUUCUCAGCUGGACAGCUCCUGGUGAGGACCUCGACCAAGGGACAGCUAAGUCCUAUGAGAUCAGGUGGAGCUUUGACCUUGAUAUGCUUCGAGAGAGCUUCAGCAAUGGUCAUGUAGUCAACACAGCUGCUGUCUCACCUCAGGAGGCUGGAUCAGUUGAACAACAUUCAUUCAAUCUCAGUUUCCCAAUCCAAAAUGGCACCACGCUCUUCUUCGCAGCUCAGUCAGAGGACGAACAAAAUUUUAAAUCCAGAACCUCCAACAUUGCUAGAGUUUCAAAGAUCCUCCCUGCUCCAAAACCCCCAGGAAUAUCAAACCCAGGAAUGAAUCUGACAGUUCUUGUUAUUUCUGUGUGUGUGGUAACUAUGGCCGUAUGCUUUAUUGUUGCUGUAACCACAUGGGCAGUGAAACGCAGAAAAAUCUCUGCUGAAAGUAAAGUGGCAUUAACAGUCUGAUACAAAAGAACGUUAAAUAAAUAUUAUGUACAACUAACAGCUUUAGAACAUUGUUUAAAACAAUACCAAACUAAGUGUAGUAAUGUAUAAUCUUAUAAAUGAGGUAUAUACAUACGUAAUAAGUUUUGUAUCGCUACCAGAGCCAUGAAGAACUUAACCUGGGGCUCGUUGUUCAUAUGUUGCUAACUUAAUUGUUGACGAUUUUGCCUGAUCUUGUAGUGUUUGGUUCUUCGAGGUUCAUCCCGGACUUGCUGUCAUAGCAACAGGUCAGUUAGCUUGGACCUGUUUGGAAGCAGGCUAAUUUCAUGUAAACAGGAUUAGAUUGCAUCUUUUUAAGCAGAAUUAUUAACUACAUUAUUACAAGAGUAUCCUACAGAUCCAGGGACAGUAAUUUAAAAAUGUAUUGUGAAUAAUAUAAUAAUGUUGUGUAAUCUAUAAGACUAUAGACACAGCCAGGUUUACUCAUUGAAAUAUUUAUUAAUAAUAAAACAAUUGUAUAACUGUAUAGGAGUCUUACACACAUACUAUAGUUAAUCUGAGGCGUGUAUUAAUUUGGGUGGUGACAGAUAUUAUGGGAGAUGCAGAUAACAUGAUCCUGACCCUUAAGAAACUUUAAUUAAUGCUGCCACGUAGCAACAACUGCCACGUAAGAGAAAAUGAAAUGAAUUGCUAA